AUGAUUCGACACCAUCUUUUCGCGCGUCUUAACAAAAUUUGGCUCUGGAUUUUCGACCAAUUCAUUUUGUACCCGCUAAUGUCAUGGAUUGCACCAACUCUUGGCGUGCAUUUCAUGAAUCUUGGCUAUUGGCCAAACGAUCUCGACGAUACACCAAUACAACUUUUCAUGGAGGAAAAUUGCGAUAUGAUUAGACAAGAAUGCGACAAGCCCCACUUAUUCCUCUAUGAAAAGCUGCUAUCACUCCACCCCGCGUAUCCAGAUUUCGAAAACCUUUCAAUUCUUGAAGUCAGCUGCGGACAGGGGUACGGAAUCGAUUGGAUUGAUAGAACUCGAUUCGUUUCCAUAAUAGGAUGUGAUAAGAUCAAAUGCCCACCACCAUGGAUAACGUAUGGAGACGCGCAUGAUCUACCAUUCGAAAGCAGCUCAAUGGAUAUGAUUCUCAACGUGGAGGCUUCGCAUCUCUACGCAAAUUUCGAGCAAUUCCUCAACGAAUGCCAUCGAGUGCUUAAACCCGACGGCUUUCUAUGCUGGACCGAUUUGAGAUUCGCCGAUCAAAUCGACGCCACAAUUCGCAGUUUCACCGAUGCCGGAUUUCACUGCAACGCCUGGCAAGAUAUUACCAACGAGGUGAUUCAAGGAAUCCACAAAACCUCGCAGUUCUACGAUGAGAUUCUCGAUAAGAGUCCCUUCAUCGUCAAAAUGUUCAGAAGCAGCCUCCGCGCAACGUAUUGUGCACCGGGGACCGCGACAUACAACAAUUUUGCCGAAAAAAGAAAACUCUACACUGCAGCAGUAUUCAAAAAAGAAUUAAAAUAUUGA